AUGGUCUCCCUUUCACGUCUACCUCUCCUGCUCCUGCUGGUCGCCUUGACCAGUACUGGGGCCGACUCGGACUUCUCCGUGUCGUCCACUUCGACGGAGAGUGUCGACUCGAGCACGGAGCACGUCAGCUUCGUCAAGCAAUGGACACUCACCGCCACCAACUCGCCCAACAACAACAACGACGACGAUGACGACAAUGACUCGGACGAUGGAGACGACAAGAUUGACACCAUCAAGUUGCAGCUUCCUGGCCGUGUUUUCGUCAGCUACAGUAACUCUUUACCAUCUGGUGUCUUGGGCUACGUCAACGUAUCGGGAGACUUCCAGACCGUAGUUGAUACUGUACGAGUGAGCUCGAAUGACGACGAUGAAGAGCUGGAAGUCAAAUUUGACGGUCGCAGCACGAGCUCCACGGGGUAUUUAAUGACGGAGAUCUUCCUGGCUACGAGCAACGUCGUGGACGACGUCGAGAUCGAGUCGACCGCCGAAGUGAUCAUUGAAGACGGCGUGCUGGUGGCCAGUAACACGAACAAGGAAGUUCAGAUCAAAGCGAAAGACUCGAGUGUCGUGUACGUGUCGAGCUCGGCCUUGAGUCUUCAAGAUCUCAAGCUGGAGCUGUCGAACAGUGCGACGCUACAGCUGAGUACCGACAGCAUCACACUUCGUGAAGAUGGUCAGUUCCAGGCACAUGAUAAAGCGAGUAUCAAUGUGGUCACCCCUUUCCUCACAGUGGAUGAUCUGGACUUGGACGCUGAGAACUCGGGCACGAUCUGCAUCUCAGCUACUGACGUGAAGGCCAGAAACUUUGACGGCCAGGACCGCAGCAGGAUCUCGCUGCCGAACGCCUCGUCGAAGUACACGUCCACGGGUACCGGCUCAUGUGCGAAAACGAGCAUACCGUCCCGCGUGCCUGCUUGUGUGUCUAACAGCGCUUGCUCCUCGACAACAAACGGGUCGAGUACGACCUCUGCAUCCAACGCGUCGACUGCAACGAGUGUUCCUAGUAGCUCCACCACGUCAGCACCCUCGGCUGAUGCUAUAAGGACGAGCGAACAGACUAGCGACGCUGUUGCUUCGACGAAAGUGUAUGCCGUUGGGAUGGCACUCACCACUGGACUGCUAAUUGCGGUCUCGUUGUAG